CUAAUCGACGAGCCAUGUGGAGGCCGGAGGUCGGAGACUCCAUUUCGUGCUCCUUGAAAUUCUUUCGAUUAUCUCAUUUAGAUUACUACGAAGCUCCUCUAUCUCGACUCUCACCCAAACGAGGACGACGACGUACCUGAUAUUCCCCAUCCUGUUUUGCUAUCUUGACUCUGGCAGCUUUACUUGACAAAGCGUGUUUUUGCUCCUCUUCUCACCCGCCUUAAAUCUCUCUGGAGUGGUGAUGAUCCACUUGCGAAAGCUUAGAUUGACAUUCACUCUCGGACGUUUUGCUUCUCAUUUUUUUCUCAGGUCGUCAGAAAACCUAGUGGGGUCUAUUGCUCAAAACCCUAGAUUAUACAGAGCUGACAGAGCGGUUCCACCUGCCUAUUGUGAAGAUCUUGAAGCGGCUCUGACUGCUGUCGGUCUCACCAUUAAGCAGGCCCUGAAAGAAGCCGAAGCUGCAUUACUUGAAUAUCUGCAUAAUACUAGAAGCAUCCAGUACUUGGAUGCGGAUAAUAUGAGUAGAAACUCACCUUACUUUCUUGAGGAGCUUAUGAAGAAAGUAACCAUAGAGGAGAACAUCAGGCUAUCAGUUUACAGGUAUUUGUGUUACCAUCCCAUCAAUGAAUUUGAGCCCUUCUUCGAAAGCAUGGGUUUAAAACCUUCUGAAUAUGCAUCUCUUUUACCGAAAAAUAUGAUUUUUCUGAGUGAUGACCAACUGUUACUGGGGAACUAUCACACUCUUUGUAACUAUGGGAUCCCCCGUAAUAAGAUGGGGAGGAUAUAUGUGGAAGCAACUCAAGCGUUUCGCUAUGAUUACGGGGUUUUACCAUCAAAGCUCCAAGCUUACGAAAGAUUGGGUCUUUGCCAUUCUACUUUAUUAAAAGUUAUUGCUUCUAGUCCAUACCUUCUGAUUGGAGAUUGUAACCCUGAUUUUGUCAAGGUUAUAGGGAAGUUUAGGCAUUAUGUGAAUGAUAUUAAUUGGAUUGAGGGACAUUUAUUGGAUGGGACUUCGUGUAAUUGGAGCCAGAUGCUUAGGGUCAUGUGCUUUUUUGGAAGGGUUUUGACUGAGCAACAGUUAUCUGACAUGAUCAACCAGCACCCUGACUUUUUCUUUGACGGAUCGGGAGGUAGCAGGACACUCUCCCUUAUAGUCUUCCUCCUAAAAUUUGGAUUGUCAGUGGAUGUAAUAUCCUUCAUAUUUGUAAAUUUUCCACCAAUAAAAGUGAGCAAAUUCCUUUCAAAUUUGAGGCAUUGUCUUCUAAUCUUAAGUGAACUUGAUAUGGAGGCUGCAGAGAUUGGGAAGAUUUUCCAUUCUCACUCCUUAAUGUUGGGUUCAUUCACUUUGAGAAGAACAAAUAGUUUACUUUGUAACUUGAAAGCUGGGAAGAAGCGACUUAGGAUGCUUAUACAGGAUAAUCCGCUAGAAUUGAAGAAUUGGGAAUUGGGAAUAAGAGUUAAGCCUUUGCCAGGCCACAACGAAGCGACAAUAUCCCGGUUGCGGAAGACAGAGUUCUUGUUGAGCUUGGGAUAUGAUAAGGACUCUAAAGAGAUGGAAGAAGCAUUUAAGGUGUUUAGAGGUAAGGGAGCGGAACUCCAAGAGAGGUUCGACUGUAUUGUUCGAGCUGGCUUGGAUCCUCAAGACGUGCAGGAAAUGGUUAAAAUUUCCCCUCAGAUUCUUAAUCUCAGAGCUACCGCGAUCAACCGGAAAAUUGACUAUCUUGUAAAUGAACUUGGAUAUCCCAUAUCAUCUUUAGUCAACUUCCCAUCUUUUCUUAACUACAGAACUGACAGAGCCCAGCUUAGGGUCUCAUUGUAUAAGUGGCUUGUGGAACAGGGAUGUGCUGAUCCCAAUCUUUCUUUAAGUACUGUAGUUUCAACCUCAGAGGAAGUGUUCGUACAGCAGUAUGUAAAUCGCCAUCCAAGUGGCCCUCAAGUUUGGCAAGAUUUGAAGGAUAAAAUUUUUUCUCAGAAAUAACAUUUUCAUUGUUUCGACA